AUGGAUAAGUCUUGGAUGCAUGCUGAUAGAAGAUCACGCACAUAUGAGUUAGGUGUUGAGGAAUUCCUUAGGUUUGCUGUAGAGAAUGCUAGUGAUGUCAAUAAUAUCUGCUGUCCCUGUUCGAAAUGUGGGAGCAUAGAUGGGAUGUUCUCAGCCAGGGUCAUAAAAGAUCAUCUAUAUUUUAAUGGUGUAGAUGAGAGUUACAAAGAUUGGGUAUGGCAUGGUGAACCAUCUAGGGCAACAAUGAAUGCUAAUGAAGGGAUAUCUGAAGCUACUGUAGAUAUGGUAGAAGAUGGAGAUGCAGCAUAUAAUAUAGGGUUGGGAGAUCAGGAAGAAAAAGGCGCUAGUGAAGAUGAGGAGUUUUUUGAAAAUGGUGAGGAUGAGCAGUAUUCUGUAGAAUCGAAUGACUUCAUGAGGUUAGUUGAGGAUGGAGAUAAAGCUUUGUAUCCCGGUUGUACCAAGCACACAAAGUUAAAUGCACUUAUACAGACUUAUAACCUUAAAGCAAAACAUGGAAUGUCCGAUGGUAAUGAGAUACCUGGUUCGCAUUAUGAGGCUAAGAAGACUUUGGCUACAUUAGGAAUGAACUAUAAAAAGAUCCAUGCAUGUCCUAAUGACCGUAUUUUGUACAGAGGACAGCAUGCUGAUGCGAGUAGUUGUCCUACAUGUGGGGAGUCUAGGUGGAAAUUAGGCAAAGAUAAUAUCAAGAAGCAAGGGAAGGUGUUGUGGUACUUUCCCCCAAUCCCACGUUUCAAACGCAUGUUUCAAUCGACAAAAACUUCCCAUAACCUAACUUGGCAUGCGAAUGAAAGGAGGAAGGAUGAGUUUAUGCGUCAUCCUGCAGAUGCCCCUACUUGGAAGUUAGUGGACCAAAAAUGGCCAGAAUUUGGUAAGGACCCUAGGAACCUUAGACUUGCACUUUCAUCUGAUGGUUUUAAUCCCCACAGCUCUUUGAGUAGUAGAUAUUCAUGCUGGCCAGUUAUACUAGUUACGUAUAACCUCCCUCCAUGGCUAUGCAUGAAAAGGAAGUUCAUGAUGCUGACAUUAUUGAUUUCUGGACCUAAGCAACCCGGAAAUGACAUUGAUGUAUACAUGCAGCCCUUGAUUGACGAUUUAAAAGCUUUGUGGGAUGGGAUAGAUGGAGUGUAUGAUGCAUUUAGAGGAGAAUACUUUAAACCGAGAGCUGUUUUGUUUUGGAAGAUUAACGACUUUCCCGCUUAUGGGAACUUAUCGGGUUGUGUUACUAAGGGGUACAAUGGUUGUCCUAUAUGUUGUGAGAACACAAAACCUCAUGGACAGAAAAUGAGCCAUAUUGGUCACCGGAGAUGGUUACCGCGCCAUCAUCCUUACCGAAAGCUGACCAAACAGUUCAAUAACUUACCGGAGUUUGAAACUGCCCCUGAACCCUUAAGUGGAGAAGAGGUAUUAAAAAGGGUUGAGGGCAUGACCUGGUCAUUCGGUAAAAAGAAUCCUCUUCCAAUAUAUAAGGGUUUGGAAGACCAAACCAGACCUUGUUGGAAGAAGAAGUCCAUAUUCUUCGAACUUGAGUAUUGGAAAUUUCUUCCGGUUCGACAUAAUCUCGAUGUCAUGCACAUUGAGAAGAAUGUAUGCGAUAGUAUUAUUGGUACAUUAUUCAAUAUUCCUGGAAAAACGAAAGAUGGAGUCGCUGCUAGGUUGGAUAUGGUGGAAAUGGGCAUAAGGACUGGUUUGGGACCACUACCAGGGCAAAAAAAAGACAAGUUGCCUUUGGCAAGUUGGAAUCUGCUGCUAGAAGAGAAGAGAGCAAUGUGCAUGUCUUUUUUCAACAUGAAGGGUCCUUACGGCAUUUCCUCAAAUAUAAGGAACCUUGUUUCCUUAGAUGACUUAAGGCUGGUUGGUCUCAAAUCACAUGAUUGUCAUAUGGUGAUGCAACAGCUACUACCAAUUGCUAUACGUUCAAGUUUGGAGAAACCAGUCCGGUUUGCAAUCAUUCGGUUUUGUCUCUUUUUUAAGGCAAUAUGCAGCAAAGUGAUAGAUGUUAGGAAGCUGAAAAAAAUGCAAGAAGAUCUAGUUUUGACAGUUUGUGAGCUUGAGAAGUAUUUUCCACCAUCCUUCUUUGAUAUCAUGAUUCAUCUCACAGUCCAUCUUGUUAGAGAAGUUGAGCUUUGUGGACCAGUUUUCUUUAGGUGGAUGUACCCUUUUGAAAGGUACAUGAAAACCCUCAAAGGGUAUGUUAGAAAUCGAAACCAUCCAGAGGGUUGCAUUGCUGAGUCAUAUGUUGUUGAAGAAGCAGUGGAAUUUUGCUCAGAUCGUAUACUUUCUGGUGAAAAUACAGUUGGCAUCCCAUCAAUAGGCAUUUUUGAUGAAAGCUGCACAAACCGUUAUCUGGUUCUUGAAGAAUUCAGCAAUCCUAAUAAUAAUAUCUUUGAAACUUUAAGGUGGAUUGCAGAUGGACCAAAUCCAGAUGUACCUACUUUUUGUAGUUACAUGGUUAACGGGGUUCAUUUCAAUACCAAAGAACGCGACGAUGUAAGAAAAGUGCAAAACAGCGGUGUUUCCCUACAUGCCCGUGCUUUACAAGUAGCUAGUGCAAAGGACAAAAACCCAAAAUUGGAUGAUAUGCAAUUUUAUGGAGUGAUUACAACAAUUUGGGAGAUGGACUAUCAACGGUUUAGAAUUCCUGUGUUCAAGUGUGAUUGGGUUGAAAACGCCAAAGGCAUUAAAGUAGAUGAGUUUGGGUUUACGUUGGUAAACUUGAAUAGGAUAGGUCAUGUGAGUGAUCCUUUUGUUUUAGGUAAGGAUGUGAAACAAGUAUGGUAUGUAGCUGACCCUCUUGAUGAUGAUUGGUCAGUAGUUAUAACAUGUCCUGAUAGAGAUUAUGCAAAUGAUAGUGAUGAAGCAGAAGAGCUUGAAAAUUUGGAAGUUGAGCAGCAGCCCUUUAUAGCAACAAUGCCAGCAAUUGAGUCAUAUGACAAUAUAGUUGAUGAUGAUGAGAACCACUACAUGCGAGAAGGGAACGAAGGGAUAUGA